AUGUUCAUAGAUAAACUCAUGUUAACGAGAACACCCACGCAGCCGACUCGUCGCAUGUUCCUGGAACACUUCUCCGGUCUCACAGACGGCGUUGGAUUGAUGGCGUCUUCUCGUUUUGCCCAGUCCAAUGAUCUUGCGAUAGUAAUGGCGUUGUUUCUGUGUGGUUUUCUGUACAGCAUACUCGGCUAUCUGUACUAUCAUAGGGUCGAGGUGAAAUGUCCAUGGUGCCAGUAUUUUAAUUGCAUUAAUAUUAAAUACAUUACGGGAUCGGAUCAUUUUUGUGACAAUACGGGGCAAAAACUUUCGCAGUGGCUUCCAAUUUAG